UUUUUUCAAGAAAAUUUGAGCCAAGCGAGAGAGAGAGAGAGAAGAGAAAAGAGAAAUCCAAUUUGUUUGUUUUGAUUUUAUUUUUCGAAAAAAAAAUUCUGAGUAAAUUAACACUGAUUAUCCCAACAUCAUUAUAAAUCAUCCAUAAUCAUCAUUAUUGAUUUUUUUUGUUAAUUGAAAUGAUUUUGUUGUUGUUGUUGUUUUGGUUACAAGGAUAAUUGAUUGGGAUUGAUGAGCAACGAAAGAGAGAGAGCAAAAGUUUAAUGUUCAACGUAUAGGAGUUCCAAAAUAAUAACAACAACAACAACGAAAAAAUGAUGAUCGAUGAGCAUCGUUUUUGAUUUUUGACUUUUUGAUUUUAUUUUUUUAAUUUCAACAAGCAACUUGAAAAAGACGGAAUUUUUUUUUGUUCUGAAAAAUCAUCAGCUGAUCGAUCGGUGCGUUCUAAUUUCUUUUUGUUCUGUGUUCGAUAUUCUCAUUUUUUUUUAGUUUGUUUUGGUUUUUGUUGUGUCGAAAUCGAUAUUCAUCAUUGCAACAACAAAGAAGAUAAAACAUUUCUCAACAUUGCCCUUGAUCUGUAUCUUUUAAUUCAAUUUUUUUUAUCAACGUCAUCAUCAUCAAAUUUCAUUUUGUGUGGUUGAUUUUUCAGAUCAAAUCAUUCCUUUCAGGUCAUCGACGAGUUUUGUUAGUUUUUGUUUUGUUAGUUUUUUUGUUUUGUUUUGUUUUGGUUGAAAUUUCAACAGAAUUCAAAUGUCUCAAAAUCAAUUUCAAUUAAAACUUAAAGUUUUACAUGGCCAAUUAUCAACAACAUCCGUAUUCAAACCAAAUCCAUAUAUUGUAAUAUUACCGGAUAAUUCUUCAUCAUCAUCAUCGAUAUUGAAAACAAAUUAUCAACGAUCAACAAAUAAUCCAACAUGGAAUGAAACAUUUUAUUUGUAUAUAACACCAUAUACAAAUUUGAAAUUUCGUAUAUUCAAUCAUAAUUCAUUGAAAAAAGAUGUAUUGAUUGGUGAAACAACAUUAGAUUUAUAUGAUAUUCUUAAGAAAAAUAAUGGCGUUAUAAAUAAUUUAUCAUUUCCAUUAUCAUUGAAAAUUCCAACAUCAACAUCGACAUCGACAACAUUGAAUUUAACAAAAUCAAUAUUAUCGAAUCGUGGUUCGAAUUAUAUUUUCAUUUUGAUUGAUGGUAUAUCGAUCGAUAUGAAUCAAUAUCCGGAAAAUAUUAAUGGCAAUCAUAAUCAAAAUAGUGAUCAAAAUAGUUGCAAUAAUAAUAAUGUUGUUGAUAGCUGUCAACAACCGAGUACAAGUUCAACAUCGAAUGUUAUUGCUGAAAUUACAUCAUCAUUACCUAAAUGGUCUUUGAAUGAUCCAUUUUCAUCGUCUUCUUCACAACAACAAUCAUCAUCAUCAUCACAGCAAAAUGGUUUAAAUUCUUCAAAUACCAGAACAGCUAAUGGUGGAAAAAAUGAUUCGAAAAUUGCUACAAGUCCAUCAAGAUCAAAAUCUACAUCGACAACAACAACAACAACAACAAAUGAUAAUAAUUUAAUCGAUCAACAGCCAUCAACCUCGACAUCAACAAAUAAUAAUAAUGCAAGUAAUCAAUCACAACAACAACAACAAAAUAAUCAAUCAAGAUCUAAUACGACGCAAUCAUCAUCAGUGGUUGAAGAACCAUUACCACAUGGUUGGGAAAUACGUUUCGACACAUACGGAAGAAAGUAUUAUGUUGAUCAUAAUACAAAAUCAACAACAUGGCAACGACCAACACCAUUACCACCUGGUUGGGAAAUGCGUAAAGAUAAUAAAGGUCGUAUAUAUUAUGUUGAUCAUAAUACAAGAACAACAACAUGGCAAAGACCAACACCGGAACAUGUACGAAAUUAUCAAUUAUGGCAAGCACAACAAGGUUCAGUAAUGCAACAAUGUGGUCAAAGAUUUUUAUAUGAUCCACAAUCAAAUGGUGGUGGUGUUGGUGGUGGUUCAUCAUUCAAAGAUAAUGUUAAUGGUCAAAUGCCCACAGAAUCACAAGAUGAAUUAUUACCUGAAGGUUGGGAAAAACGUAUCGAUCCAAGUGGUCGUGUUUAUUUUGUUAAUCAUAAAAAUAAGACAACACAAUGGGAAGAUCCAAGAACACAGGGAAAAGAAGCACCAAAUCUAGCCGAUAUUCCAUUACCACAAGGAUGGGAAAUUAAAUAUACACCAGAAGGAAAAGUAUAUUUUGUUGAUCAUAAUACAAAAACAACAACAUAUCAAGAUCCAAGACGUAUAAAUGGUCAAUAUGGUGUACCAAUGGCAUAUGAACGAUCAUUCCGUUGGAAAUUAACACAAUUUCGUUAUCUUUGCCUUUAUAAUGCAUUACCAAGUCAUAUUAAAAUUCAAGUAUCACGGAAUAAUAUAUUUGAAGAUUCAUUUCAUGCAAUAAUGCGUGUACCACCACAUGAAUUACGAAGACGUUUAUUUAUAACAUUCAAAAGUGAAGAAGGUCUUGAUUAUGGUGGUAUUGCACGUGAAUGGUUUUUUCUUUUAUCACAUGAAGUACUAAAUCCAAUGUAUUGUUUAUUUGAAUAUGCUGGUAAAAAUAAUUAUUCAUUACAAAUUAAUCCGGCCAGUUCGGUUAAUCCGGAUCAUUUACUUUAUUUUGGUUUUAUUGGUAGAUUUAUUGCAAUGGCACUUUUUCAUGGAAAAUUUAUUUAUUCAGGAUUUACAUUACCAUUUUAUAAACGAAUGUUAAGUAAAAAAUUAGUAAUGAAAGAUAUUGAAUCAAUUGAUCCAGAAUUUUAUAAUUCAUUAAAAUGGAUUAAAGAAAAUUCAAUUGAAGAAUGUGGUCUGGAACUUUAUUUUUCCGUUGAUUUUGAAGUUUUAGGUCAAAUUCAAUCACAUGAUUUGUGUGAAGGUGGUGCCGAUAGACGUGUUGAUGAUACAAAUAAAGAAGAAUAUUUACGUUUAAUGACUGAUUGGAGAUUUAGUAGAGGACAAGAAGAACAAACAAAAGCCUUUUUGAAUGGAUUCAAUGAAGUAUUACCAUUAGAAUGGUUACAUUAUUUUGAUGAAAGAGAAUUAGAAUUAUUAUUAUGUGGUAUGCAAGAAAUCGAUAUUGAUGAUUGGCAAAGAAAUACUAUAUAUAGACAUUAUACAAGAAAUUCUCGACAAAUAUUAUGGUUUUGGCAAUUUGUUCGUGAAGAAUGUGAUAAUGAAAAAAGAGCUCGUCUUCUUCAAUUUGUUACUGGCACCUGCCGUGUACCUGUAGGUGGAUUUGCCGAAUUAAUGGGAUCAAAUGGACCACAAAGAUUUUGUAUUGAAAAAGUUGGCAAAGAAAAUUGGCUACCACGAAGUCAUACUUGUUUUAAUCGUUUAGAUUUACCACCAUAUAAAUCUUAUGGACAAUUGGUUGAAAAAUUAAAUUUUGCCAUCGAAGAGACUGAAGGUUUCUCACAGGAAUAAAUAUUACAAAUUGACAAAUUGACAAAAAUUCAUUCACAAAAAAAACAACAAAUUAGAUAAUUGUAAACAUUUUGUUUGUUUGUUAUUUGUUUUCUCACACAAGGUUUUAAUAAUUU